GUGGUUCAAUCACUUACUUCAUCCUCCUCCGCGUCACUCAUCUGUAUUUCCCGUUCUACAACCUUCCGCCGCCGCAUCUAUGUAAAAAUGGAGGAUCAGGUGAGAGAGCCGAUAGGAUCAGCAUCCGAAGAAAUUUCGACAGAAUUUCAAACCCUAGUAGAUUCUCAGGAUUUGGAUUCUAUCACGCAAUCACAGAACCUCAUAUUGGGAAGAUUGCAGGAUAGUAAUGCAGUAUUAUCCCACUUUAAUGACUAUUCAGAGAAUUGCUUUGCGGAUGUGUCUGCGGAUUUUUCGAAAAAUACACGCCUCUUGCGAACAAUGAAAUCUGACCUUGAUUACAUCUUUCAAAAGCUCAGGAGCAUGAAGGGAAAGAUUGUGGCCACCUAUCCGGAUGCUUUUCCUGAUAAUUCGGCAAUUGAGGCACUUGAUCAAAGACCGGACCUCGAGUUGGCCAAGUGAUUGUACAUGUUUAAACUUCUGUGUAUUAUAACAAGGCUCUAUGUUUCAAGUUUGUCAAACUAUUUUUAUUACUUUAAGAUGCAAGCAACUAUUUUGUUUUGAAUGUGUUCAAUAUAAGGGUGGGGAUUUGGUAGUUGUAAAUUCGACAAUUGAACUGGCUGUGAUUGAAUCAAGAUUUGACAUUGUAACUCGAAACCAGAGUUACAAUAUUUUUGCUUU